AAUAAGAUUUCCCCUCUAGUAAACUCAUUUUAUAGUCAAUGAAUUAAACAAUCGAAAACUUUAGCAACUCCAUGCUUCCUUGCAUCUUCAUUUGCCACUACAGAUUUGGUUUCUUUAAUUUUGCCCUCAUAUGUCACUGCUUUGUCCGAUUCACUUGUGACCGAGGCGCAAGACUUGUGGAAGUCGAUUAGUUGUGAUGAACUACCUCGCAGUACAAUUUCCUCUAUUCAAUCAUCAUGGGAAAUCCCAAUUUUUAAUCAAGUAUGUUCACGUAUCCUGGAUUCAUCCACCACCCCAAUUAAUACCGCUAGGAUUUUGGCAUCUCGGUCAAAAGAGUCAGGUGCAUGGUUGCAAGCUUUACCAUCCAGGAAUUUAGGCACACUUUUAGACGAUAAUUCCUUUAGGAUUGCAAUUGGUUUGAGGUUAGGUUUAAAAUUGUGUUUCCCCCAUAAAUGUGUUUGUGGUACACAAAUAGAUGAACUAGGAUUACAUGGCCUUUCAUGUAAAAAAAAGUGCUGGCAGGCACUCUCGACAUACACAAUGUAACGACAUAAUAAAGAGAGCCUUAAUUUCUGCAGACAUACCAAGCAUUAGGGAACCAUUAGGGUGUUGUAGGACAGAUGGAAAAAGACCGGAUGGUCUAACACUAAUACCUUACAAACAGGGACGCUCACUAAUAUGGGACUUUACAUGUACAGACACUUUUGCCCCCUCUUAUCUCUCUCACACACUUAGACAUGCUGGCACAGCAGCAAAACUAGCCGAGACCAAAAAACACAAACUUUACUCUGAACUUGAAAAACAAUAUAUCUUUGUUCCGGUGGCUGUCGAGACAUCAGGAGUAUGGGGGAUGGAAGGGUUGAAGUUCAUCCAAGAUGUUGGGAGGAGGAUGAAGGAUGUCACUGGACCAAUGUCAACAACUUUUCUCAUUCAACGGAUCAGUUUGGCAGUUCAACGCGGGAAUGCGGCAUCAAUCAUGGGAGCUGUCCCCAGUCAACGAGGAUUAGAAGAAUUAUUUUAUAUUUUAAAUGAUAGGUCGUUUUAUUUACAAAAAUCCUGUAAGGGGCCGCCCACCAACAUCGGGUUUUUCCUCUACUCCCCAAGCCAACUAAGUUUUGGAACAGCUUCUAUCAAUGGCGACAGCAGCCCAAUUAGAACCAAAUCAGACACCAAAAUCUUUUUAGUUUUGAUACCGACGGUGAAAAGUACACCGCCGCCGGUUUGUUGGAACAACUCAACUUGCGUCUAUCAAUUGUCGUAGAAACGUUCCUACGUCAACAUUGUUCACGUGACGACUGAACCAAAUACAUCUUUUGUGGAGAGUAUUAUUUCUUACGCAAAAGUGAAUUUCGCUGGGAAUUCGUGCAGAGGAAAAGUAGUAGUGUCGGUUAUAGAACGGUUUGGAUUACGCCAACUCUUUCAAACUUUGUUGAUCAAUCAACCAUCAGAUUCUGAUUUAGCUUGAGCAACGGCGACGAGACGAGAAAGGAGAACAAAUAACAAGUUGGGCUGACAAAGAAAGAGGGCUCAUUCAUUUUCCUUGCCGAGGUGCUUUGACUGCUUUCGUGUAAGUAAAACUGCCAAAAAUACAAAAUGGAGAAUCGUCCUCGUUAUCGUGUCCCAGACGAGUUGAGGGAGACAUUACUGGACUUUACGAUCGCCUACUUGUUAGAGAGACCGAGCAACUUGGCAGAUUUCGGACUAAAUUUUUUCCAACGUCUCCGUGGCGAAACUGGGGGGAGAAGGACUUCCGCCCCAACUCAGAAUGCUGCCACGACUGGUGCCGUGAAUGGAGGCGGUGGGGCUGACGAGAAUGAAGAUGCCGAGCCGGAACCCACCCCACCUGUAAGAAAUGUCGGGAGAAGGAAAUCCGUCUUUGCGGAAGCGUAUAAUCCCGAAGACGACGCGGACGAUCAACCCGCCGUGGUUCAUCCAAAAUCAGACAGCCAACGUGCUUCUUUGGCCGAAGCGGUGAAACAUAUCUUACUUUUCCGGUCUCUCGAUGGGGAACAAAUGCAACAAGUUCUUGACGCCAUGUUCGAGAGGAGAGUGCAAGCGGGUGACUUUGUUAUUAAGCAAGGAGACGACGGAGACAACUUUUACGUUAUUGAGUCAGGAAAGUACAAGGUAUACGUCAAGAUGGACGGCGAAGCCGAACCCAAACUAGUGGGUGGAUACGACAAUGCUGGAAGUUUCGGAGAACUCGCCCUCAUGUACAACAUGCCCCGAGCUGCAACUGUUCAGGCUGAAAAUGGUGGCUCCCUUUGGGCCAUGGACAGACAAACCUUCCGACGUAUAGUACUCAAGAAUGCUUACAAAAAGCGCCAGAUGUAUGAAAGUCUCUUAAACUCGGUGCCAAUGUUGAAGACGCUUGAGAAUUACGAACGAAUGAAUCUAGCAGAUGCACUCGUGCCCAGGACGUACACAGAUGGUGAUACAAUAAUAAAGCAGGGUGAUGCUGCAGAUGGUAUGUACUUUAUGGAGGAUGGAGAAGUUCGUGUCGUCAAAAUAGACGGAAACGGGGUUGAGAAGGAGAUAAAUCGAGCCACGAAAGGAGGAUACUUUGGAGAGCUGGCACUUCUCACCAACAAGCCACGAGCAGCCACAAUUUUCGCUGUUGGGACUGUCAAAACUGCAUUUUUGGAUGUCGAAGCGUUCGAACGACUUCUGGGACCUUGCAUGGAACUUAUGAAACGAAAUGCGGAAGAUUACGAGCAGCAAUUGAUUCGCAUUUUCGGCUCGAAAUCUGCCAUAACAGACAUUCGAUGAUAGUUAUGAAACAUUUCUCAGCAACCACUUCCACCCCGUAACAUCAAUAUAUAUCUUCUUGUGAAAAAUAAAUCAAUAUCCAACUUUUCCAGUCAACAUAAUAAAACACAAUCAGUAUGUUAUAAUAAGGUAAAACAAAUAUAUGAUGUCAAGAUCUUCGUCGUGAAUGUUAAAUAUGCAAUGAGAAAUGUAUAAAAAAAAUUGAAAUUUUAAAACAAGUUUUGUAAGCUCAGCUCUAAAAAAAGUCAAAAAUAUGUUGUGAGUUUUUUUAACAAAAAUUAUUGUCUAGCAUUUCUUUACAUUUAAUAACUGUAUUAGUGACAAAAUUCAACUUAGAAACUCGUCUCGUCUGUUAAUACUGAUAUUUAAAUUGAACUAUUUUAUAUUAUAGCAACGUCUUUCUUGUAUGAGUUGAAAUGUAUUCAUGUAGACGAUUGAGUUAGAAGUGUAGUUGAGUGUGUCGAUUUCAUGAAUUCUGAAUAAGAAUAUGCAAUGAAUUUCAUGUCAUAUAUAGAUGUUCAGAAUGAGGAGAGUUGUUGUUAAGCGUCCAAAGAGAAAGUGUGCGAGAGAGAAGGAUUGAGUGAGUGAGUGUGCAGUAUGUUUAUCUAAAAUAGCUGUUAGCUGACUACUUUUACAUUGCAGAAGAUUUCAUGAUUUUAGUUAUAUAUGAAAGAUAGUUCAUAUUAUUUAAUUUGACUCUCUCUUACAUUGCUGGCUUUAAAAUUGUUUAAUUAAAUUCUAUUAUUUUAAGGUGGUUCUUUAUAUUAACCAACCUACCUACAACCUAUGAUCAUAUCUCUGUUAUUAGCUCAUUUGGUAAUAGAUAAUUAUUCCACAGUAGUAAAAGAAAAAUUAAAGUUUGCUGGUCUAACAAGUUCUACAGGGAGCUGAGGAAAAAUAAUUUGUAAUUGUAGAAGUGUUGAUAGAUUUUAGUAAUCAAAUCUGAUCUUCUUGUGUCAUUUUAAUAAUAAUAAUAUUAUUCUAACGGACUAAGCCCAAGAUUUUCAAGCUGGUCUUAAAUUUUGGCUUAGAUUCCCUAUUCAUACCUUAUUUGUAGCAGUUUUACGAAAUGUGUUGACUCAUUUAGUAAUUAACUCAUGAUGUACGUAAAUAUAAAUCAUUGGUAAUAUGCUUUGCUCCUUAACUUAUUAAAUGUCUGCUAUUAGUUGUGUAUGCAGUGUAUAAGCAAUACCAUUGCGUGUUACUAUAUUUUACAACAGUUGAGUUUUGUUAGUGCCAUUCAAACCUUAAAAUGUAAUAAUUAACCCGAUGAAAAAUAUGAGAAUGUUUAAUAUUUACAAACCUUAUUGGACAUAAAAAAAAUGUAUGAUGUAUUUCUUAACUGACAACUUAACGAACUUAUCCCUGAUAAUCUGAAUUCAAUUAUAUAAUAUAACAACCAAAGACAACGAGACAAGUUCUCAAAGGUUGAUAUCUAAAUAGAGGUAUAACGUAUGUAAAAGCAUGUAAUUAUUGCAGGGAAAGCUAGUAAAUAUAUAAUUUAAAAACGGGAGGAACCUUUGUACGGGGAUCAACCACAUUUUAUUAGGGAAAAAAUUCUUUUGACUUAGCUGACCAUGAAGCAAGUAGCUUAAAAAAUAUGGAUGAUUUGAUAACUGAGAGGACUUUUUAGUUAGUGGAUAUAACCAAAUACCUACAUACCUGCAACCUGUCUAUCUACACAUAUUCUUAAUAUGAGCUACAUACAAUAAAACAGUAAAUAAAUUAAUGAACAUGAAUGUUACUAAACUUACUUAUGAUGAUGAAGCUACUAACUAUCAAUAUCAGUAUAUGAUUGAUGAUUGAUUCAUGUAUAUGUAUGUGUAACUAAAGAAGCAGCAUAAUCUUCCUCCUCUCCCAAUACGCCAUACGUCCUAUGAAAGAAAUGUGCGAGAAACUGAUAAAUUUUUAGUCUUAUAAAUUUACUCUAAUCUAAUUAACUACAUGAAAUGAAUAAUAAAUGUUUGAAUAUGUGUGAACGCUGAGAGACAGAAAUAAAUUAAUGUGUAAGUAGACCAA